AUGUCGCGUAGGCGGAGAGACGAGGGAGAGGACUACGGUCACGAAGAGGAGGAAGAGGAGGAAGAGUACGGCGGCCGUGGCGGCGGCGGGUCGCGUCGCGGUUUCGCGGCGAUGCCCAGGGAGAAGGUGCGCGCCAUCGCAGCCAAGGGCGGCCGCGCCUCGGGCCGUAGGCGAAGCGAGGAAAGCGAAGAAGAAGAAGGAGGCGAAGAGGAGGAUCGCGGCGGCCGGUACGGCGGCGGAUCGCGUCGUGGCUUCGCGGCGAUGCCCAGGGAAAGGGUGCGUGCGAUCGCGGCCAAGGGCGGCCGCGAGUCGGGCAGGCGCCGACGCGAGGAAAGCGAAGAGGAAGAAGGCCGAGGCCGCGAAGAAGAAGAAGAAAGCGAAGAGGGCGAAGAGGAGGAAGAGCGCGGCUACGGCAGGAGAGGAGGCGGCGGUCGCCGUGGCUUCGCGGCGAUGCCCAAGGAGAGGGUGCGUGCGAUUGCGGCCAAGGGCGGCCGUGCGUCGGGCAGGCGCCGAAGCGAGGAGAGCGAAGAAGAAGAGGGAGGAGAGGAGGAGCGCGGCUAUGGCGGCUACGGCAGAGGCGGCGGUCGUCGCGGCUUUGCGGCGAUGCCCAAAGAGAAGGUGCGCGCCAUCGCGGCCAAGGGCGGCCGCGUGUCCGGUAAGCGGCGACGCGAGGAGAGCGAAGAGGAGGAGGAAGGCGGCUACGGCAGGUACGAGGAGGAGGGAGGGAGGAGGACCCGGCGAAGGGGAGAAGACUACGGCUACGGCGAGGAGGAAGAAGAAGGAGAAGGCUACAGCGAGGAGGAAGAGGGCUAUGGCCGCCGUGGCCGGGGCGCGGGAUCGAAGAGAGGCUUUGCUGCGAUGCCGAAGGAGAGGGUCAGAGAGAUAGCGGCCAAGGGCGGGCGCCACUCACACGGCGGUGGCUUUGCGGCGAUGCCCAAGGAACGCGUGCGCGAAAUCGCGGCCAAGGGCGGGCGCCACUCGCACGGCGGUGGCUUCGCGGCGAUGCCCAAGGAGCGCGUGCGCGAGAUCGCGGCCAAGGGCGGACGCCACUCGCACGCCUACAUCUACUGA